GCCGCUGUGUGCAGAGGUAGAGCGCAGUGCGCCCCGGGGAGAGCGGACACUGUGCACCGUGCGCUGCACCAUGGCAGACCCCGAGCCCGACGAGACCAUCACCCGCUUCGCCAGGAAGGGGGCUCUCCGCCAGAAGAACGUGCAUGAGGUGAAGGACCACAAGUUCACCGCGCGUUUCUUCAAGCAGCCCACCUUCUGCAGCCACUGCACGGACUUCAUCUGGGGAUUUGGCAAGCAGGGCUUCCAGUGUCAAGUUUGCUGCUUCGUGGUGCAUAAACGCUGCCAUGAGUUUGUGGCGUUCUCCUGCCCCGGCGCAGACAAGGGACCCGCGUCUGAUGAUCCCAGGAGCAAACAUAAAUUCAGGAUCCACACGUAUUCCAGUCCGACUUUCUGUGAUCACUGCGGUUCCUUGCUAUACGGACUCAUUCAUCAAGGCAUGAAAUGUGAAACUUGCAUGAUGAAUGUCCACAAGCGAUGCGUGAUGAACGUGCCGAGUCUCUGCGGGACGGAUCACACUGAGCGGAGGGGCAGGAUACAGAUCAAGGCGGAGAUCAGCGAGGAGGUGCUGACCGUAGUGGUUGGGGAUGCGAGGAAUUUGGUACCUAUGGACCCGAACGGACUCUCCGACCCGUAUGUGAAACUUAAGCUAAUCCCGGAUCCGAAGAGCGAAAGCAAGCAGAAAACGAAAACGAUCAAGUGCUCCCUCAACCCGUCGUGGAACGAGACCUUUAAAUUCCAGCUGAAGGAGUCCGAUAAAGAUCGCCGGCUGUCGGUGGAGAUUUGGGACUGGGAUCUGACCAGCAGGAACGAUUUCAUGGGGUCUUUGUCCUUUGGGAUUUCCGAGCUCCUGAAGUCUGGUGUGGAUGGAUGGUUCAAGUUGCUGAGCCAGGAGGAAGGAGAAUAUUUUAACGUCCCCGUGCCCCCCGAAGGCGAAGAGGGCAACGAGGAGCUACGGCAAAAGUUUGAGAGGGCCAGGAUCGGGCCCAGCUCGAGAGCCGCGGAAGAGAAGGCGGGAAACCCGGUUGCCAAACUGGACAACAACGGCAAUCGAGACCGCGUGAAAGCGUCCGACUUCAACUUCCUGAAGGUGCUGGGCAAAGGCAGCUUCGGAAAGGUGAUACUCGCAGAGAGGAAGGGAACCGACGAGCUCUAUGCAAUUAAAAUCCUGAAGAAGGAUGUGGUCAUUCAAGACGACGACGUUGAAUGCACAAUGGUGGAGAAGAGAGUCUUGGCUCUGCCUGGAAAACCACCUUUUCUCACCCAGCUCCACUCCUGCUUUCAGACCAUGGACCGCUUGUACUUCGUGAUGGAGUAUGUCAAUGGAGGAGAUCUGAUGUACCAGAUCCAGCAAGUUGGCCGAUUUAAGGAACCGCACGCCGUAUUCUACGCCGCGGAGAUCGCGAUCGGCCUGCUGUUCCUGCACACUAAAGGCAUCGUGUACCGGGAUUUGAAACUGGAUAACGUCAUGUUGGACUCAGAGGGCCACAUAAAGAUCGCCGACUUCGGCAUGUGCAAGGAGAACAUUUGGGAUGGGGUCACGACGAAAACUUUCUGUGGUACGCCGGACUACAUUGCACCUGAGAUUAUCGCGUACCAGCCGUACGGGAGGUCCGUGGACUGGUGGGCCUUUGGGAUCCUGCUGUACGAAAUGCUGGCUGGACAGGCUCCGUUUGAAGGGGAGGACGAGGAUGAAUUAUUCCAGUCCAUAAUGGAACAUAACGUGUCGUAUCCCAAGUCCAUGUCCAAGGAAGCUGUGGCCAUCUGCAAAGGGCUCAUGACCAAGCACCCUGGGAAAAGGCUGGGUUGUGGUCCGGACGGGGAGAGAGACAUCAAGGAUCAUGCGUUCUUCCGCUACAUCGACUGGGAGAAGCUGGAGAGAAAAGAGGUGCAGCCGCCAUACAAACCGAAAGCGUGCGGCCGAAACGCUGAGAACUUCGACCGGUUUUUCACCCGCCACCCGCCGGUGUUAACGCCGCCCGACCAGGAGGUCAUCAGGAACAUUGACCAGUCUGAAUUUGAAGGCUUUUCAUUCAUUAACUCUGUUUUUAUAAAAGAGGAGAUCAAGAACUAAAGAUGGCUUCUCCUGGGAGCGAAAGCGGCUCACGCCGGGCGCCCGUGUGCCAUAGAACUCGUCGUCUCUGCCUGCGCGUAAACGCCAUCGUGCAGAGCGUGCCUGCGCGGAGCCCUGCAGCCAGUUCCAUGUUAUAACCAUUAGCAAAAAGCUGAAAAAAAGUGUUUUCAACCCAUUAAAUGAACAAGCAGACGCAUUAGUGAGCAUGGGGAUUAGCCGCGAGCAACAUGCGCAGCCCUUCCCUUGAGAUCUUAAGACUUUUUAAGGGUGGGCUUGUCGUGACCCAAGUUCCCCCUGAGUAAUGAUGUAGCCAGAGCCCUGCUUCCUUGUAUAAACGUCUUUAUAAACCACAUCAGAGGGAGAUGGAUAU